AUGUCGCGUAACACAGACUCUCCCCGGUCUUCUCAGCCAUCCUCUCCGCCAUCUUUACAACCUCCAGCCGCGCGCUCAUCCUCAUACUUCACAUACCCAAUAUCAUAUGCCGUUUCUGGAGUACUGCGACGUCUCAACACCGAGGGCGCUCCCAAACAAGAAGCAAACGGGAAUCCAAGGACAGAGACUAGCUCAAACAGCAUACAAUCGCAGCUCUUCGACACUGCUUCAUCGCUAUCUCAUUCUUUCGCUAGCCUGGUUUCCGCCUCUUCCACUUCGGCCUCCGACAUGAACGACGUAUUCCGACCGCCUCAUCGAUACGCGAGUCCCUUCCAACCACCACCGCUCACACCUCUGACGUUGAAGGGCUAUAGGCCUGGGACACGGGAGAAGGGCAGGCUCCUAAGCAAGGCGCUGGCGGAAGAGAUACGGUUGCUCGUACCACCACGGCUACAGCUGGUGGACGAGUGGAAACUGGCAUACAGUCUGGAGCAGAAUGGCGUGAGCCUAGGAACCCUAUACAAGAUAAGCGAAGACUAUCGAGGAAGACGAGGCGGCUACGUGCUCGUUGUCAAAGACGGAAGCGGAGGCGUGUUCGGCGCAUACCUUUCCGACCCUCCGCACCCUUCAUCGAGCUUCUACGGCAAUGGCGAAUGCUUUCUGUGGCGCGCGCAUAUUCUCUCUUCGCUGCCGGAUCUGGCGAUGAAUCUGCCACCGCCGCCUUCUGCAGACACGACGCACGCGACCCGCAUGACGACGAUUUCGAGUCCCACGAGAGCGUCAAGAAAGGAUGCGCUAUCGCUGCCAGACUCAGGGUCGACGAGCAGGAGCGGCACAAGUACACCUGAGAGGAUACGGUUUAAGGCGUUUCCUUACAGCGGGGUGAACGACUACAUGAUUUUCUGCGAGCACAGCUAUUUGAGCAUUGGUGGAGGUGAUGGCCACUACGGUCUUUGGCUGGACGACAAUCUCGAGAACGGUGUAUCGGAUACGUGUCCAACAUUUGGCAACGAGCCGCUGAGCGACGACGGGAAGAAGUUUGAGGUCAUGGGCGUUGAGCUUUGGUAUAUCGGCUCGUGAUGGAUUCGAGGUCUCUGGCAUAUUUCUAUCGCAUGGCGUUUGGGUAGGUAAAUGAUACCAGUCUAGCUCUCAGGUGAGAGACGACAUUUCGAAAUUAUAUUCAUGCACAACAUC